AGACAUUAACCGCGAUCGAUUAGUUUUCCUAGCGCGUUGCAUGAAGGGAUAGCGGGAUUUUCAAAUCCGUUUCCGCCUUGACUGGCGCCUGUUAGCCAUGGAGGGGCGAGUCAGUGCUGUAAACACCCCCGCUCACACGCGCUUAACACGGCGGAAGAGUUAUGGACGCAACUGUAUGGAGAGUCCGGUUGUGUUCUGGCAAACCCCAGGUCAUUUAACCACUCUCGGUACCAGGAUCCCCACCAGCAGAGGAGCUGCCAGAUCCCGCAAUAUCACUAGUAAAGUGGACCCAGAGCAAUUGGCCCUCCUGGUGAAGCAUGAGUGGAAGUUGGCGUACGUCACCCCGCUGUACCGAUUCCAGCACACGCAGCUCAAACUGUACUCUAAACACCUCACAGCUUUCAUCUUAGCUGAGAAGCAGCAAGGGGUCGCCAUUGAGGUGGGGCUGGAGGCAGGCUUUAAGGUGACUCUCUCCACCAUCCACGGAAUGGCAGAAACCGAGGAGGAUGCAGAAACCGUUUUCAUUCAGAUUCACUCCAAACCAACAUUUGGGGCAGACGCUCUAAAACCAGUGUGGCGCGGCUGGUUGACCUGCGUGAACGGAGAUGGCGAGUACCUGAGGUCACUGCCCCCUGAUUUUGUCAGCCUUCCUCUGUUCUGCAGCAGUGGCUCUGAAUCCCUCACGUCUCUCGUCAGGGUCUGGUUCGAGCGCACCUUUGACUGUAAUUUCGGCUCUCUGUUUCUGAACUCCACCACUCUGAACUGGCUGGCUGCCCUGUGGACCGGCUGCCAUCCCACCAGCAACAUCAGGUUUCUGAAGCUGAGCUGGACCAUGCCCACGCAGCCCUCGCUGGAUAUCAUGUACACGGUGAACCCGCAGGAUGCCUGGGAGCUGUGGAAUAGCAUUCACACCGAGGACAGUGCAGAAGGCAGAAUCCACAUUGACGAGGUGCAGCGGUUUAUGAACGGACUCGAGACUCACUUUUUCAGACAUUUUAAGAUCUACUUGUCAGCUGGGACACUCACGAAGGUCGCCACUUCCCUCGGUUCAGCGCAUCAUGAGGGCAAAAUCAAGAUCGGCAGCAGCGACUACAUCGACACCUUACUGACCCUGCUGACGGAGUGCGCCCUCCACAGAACACCGGUUUAAUUCCUCCCUUUCUGUUUCAUUUGUAAAUAUCUGCGUUUUUUUCUACUAAAUACGUGUGUAGCAGUCUCUCCCAUCUUGCACAAAUAUUGAAGCUGUAUUUAUUUACAUGUCUUUCAGACAUAAAGGUGUGCCUUUACAUGGAUUUUGGUUUUUACCUAGUGAUUUUUUUUUUUUCAGUCCAUGCACAUCAAAUUUCUCCAAAAUGAAUUUACAGCGUGUCUGUAAAUAGCCCAGGCUUUUUUUUUUUUUUUAUGCGAUAUUUACCACUUUCUGCUUUUUACAUCUGCACCUUGUGUAAAUUACUUGUAGUAUAAUGUACCCUGUCCAUAUCAUAGUGUGUAAAUAUCUCCGUCCUGCUCACAUCUGGCUCCGGCAAAACGACGACUCCUCUUUAAUCCAUUUGCAGUGAGAGAAAGUGACACGAUUUCAUUCUAUCAUUUGUAGGAAAUCUAAAUUGCAGACUAUUUUAUAAAUGUCUUUUAAUGGAUACCUUAAGUCAUUGUGUCUACUUUUGUUAUUGUCAUCUGCUCUUUUCCUGAAAUAAAUGGAAUAUAUAUAUAUAUAUACACAC